AUGGCUGACAAGGAGGGGGGGACGCUGUCGCUGGAGGGAGGAGGAUGGACGCUGUCGCUGGAGGAGGAGGAGGAUGCCGACGUGGCCCUGGCAUACAAGACACCGGAGAAGAAGAGCCUGCAGGAGAUCCAGGAGCUGGACCCAGGGGACGAGAGCCUGAGGAAGUACAAGCAGGCGCUGCUGGUUGCCAUCCCUGCUGCUGUGGAUGCCAGCGUGCCUAACGUGCAGGUGACGAGGCUCACCCUGAUGUGCGAACAGGCGCCAGGGCCCAUCACCAUGGACUUGACAGGAGACCUGGAGGUGCUGCAGGGCCGGGCCUUCGUGCUGAAGGAGGGGGUGGACUACAGGGUGAAGGUGUCCUUCAAGGUGAGGCGGGCGCAUG